AUGCAAGAAGCACUUGACCGUUUCGAUCAAGCGAACAGUACUGCGUUGAUAAGUAAAAUCAAUAUCCUGAAUAAUCUUGCCCAUGCAACAGCUCAGCAAGGCAACAUUGAACAUGCACUUGCCGUCACUGAAGAAAUUCUCUCUAUUGGUAAUCAACAAUAUGUACGAUUGAUCCAAGUAUAUUUGCUUGUUUUUUCUGUUUUAGAUCCGGAGAAUGUCGAAGCAAAGAAAAAUAAAAUUCAUUACGAAUCUCUUAUAAAAAAGCGCACCUUAGUGGUGGAAGAACAGCAAAAUGAUUCUACUGUGAAUUCCCUCAAAGAACAUGAAAUACAAUAUGUUUCGAUGAAUAACAAGAAUUUUCAAGUGAAAAAUCAACGACCAGGCACCUAUUUAGAAUUGAAAUCCCGCCAACCGUUCGAACAACUCUGUCGGCAACAGCAUGCUCAGCUUAGUCCCAAACGCCAGGCGACAUUAUUUUGUCGAUAUCGUCACAACAAGCAUCCGUAUCUUAUUUUCCGACCUGUAAAAGAAGAACAAGUGCUUGAUGAACCAGGGAUCUUUCUUUUUCAUGAUGUUGUAAGCGAUUCCGAUAUUGAAAAAAUCAAAGCUCUAGCCGUACCUCGGUUACAACGGGCUCUCAUACGGAACGCUGCAACCAAUACAAUGACACCGGCUGACUACAGAAUUAGUAAGAGCACUUGGCUACGGGAUGAAGAUUCACCAGUAAUAGCUCGUCUGUCUCAACUGAUUAGUGCACUGACAAAUUUGACCAUGGAAACGGCUGAAGAAAUUCAUGUUGUGAACUAUGGUGUCGGUGGGUACUACAGUCCUCAUCUAGAUUUUUAUCAUAAAUGGGAAAAUCCUGCUUAUUUUCGCAAGGCUGCUUGUCCUGUCUUGAUUGGUAAUAAAUGGGUAGCAACGAAGUGGAUUCAUGAAUAUGGCCAAGAAUUUCGACGUCGAUGUUCACUUGAUCCAAUGGUGUAA